AUGGGCAAACGAGGGGCGUGGCCGAGACAAGGCAAGGACUCCACCCCGGAAAGGAAGAACAACUUUCCUGCGUACGAUGCGAAGUGGACCCAGCCGGACAUUGUUCCGAUUAUGGAACACAGGAAGCAAGACAACAGGGUGAUGAAGCUGCAGAGCGACCAGGUCCCAAGCCAGGAGGCCCCCCGCAAGGUCCUGCUCCUCCCACAGCAGCGGCUUCCGCGAAUCCAGAAGAGAGGCGGCGGAGGAUUCGGGAGUUGGCGGCGACAAUACGACCCAUCCGGGCCAACAUCCGAGCAGACGCAAGUGUUCGACAUCGACGACGACGAUCUGGACGGUGCUCUGCCGACGGAGAUCCCAGGACAAGCCUCGCCAGAGUUGGCCAGGUGUGAUGAUGCUGUUGUGGCAGUUUCCUACGCUAAGGUCGGAAAGCCGGAUGCGCCUAUAUUGCGUCAGGUUGUCUACAAGGGCCGCUGCAUGAAAGGGGUAUUUGCUGCGGAGCCCCUGCCUGAAGGUUACUGUCCUUGCGUUUCCGGACUCCGGACGCACAAGGGGGACUGGAACAGGUUUGAUCGAGAAGACAGGGAGCCUCCGGAUUCCCAUGCCGUUCUUGCCCUACAUGAGCCUGCAGUGCGUGAGUUUAUGCAGGCCGGCUUCUUGGUGCUGAUGCCAGGGUACAAACAAGAAGUUAUACAGUUGGUGCUUCGUGCGCCUUGCGCUCUUGAGGACGCGUUGUCCGAGAUCUCUGACGCAAGAUCGGCAGACAAUUCCGAGAGAUUUGAUUGUCUGGUUCCUGCGACCCCGCAGCCAGAUAUCUCGUUUGGCACAGUGCUCGCUGUCCCGGAGUGGGCUUCUGUGUAUGGAUGCUGUGUGGUUGCAGACCUUCGACUAGUGGACAAUCGAUUGUUUGCUUACCUCACCAACGGCCGCCUCAAUAGGAGCUCCCUCCUUUUGCAGCUGGGGGUUGCCGAUGCAGUGGGUCUCCGUGUCUACCUGGGACAUGCUCUCAUGGAAGAGCAGGGCAUGUACUCCUUUCAGGAGGGCCUCACCAUUUCCGUUGUGCCAGCUGGUAGACUGUUGGCCCCCAAGGCCUCCCGCGAGAGUCUUUUGGAGGGCAUCAGGGCGUGGGUCAUGCCCUGUCCAAUCUUCCCAGGCAGGCACCAGACAGCCUUCCUUGUGUUGCACGAGGGCGGUCACCGCGUUCUUCCAAUAGACGUCGAGGAGGUACAGUUGUCUCAGGACUUCAAGACCGCGGCGGCGGCCUCCCUUGGCUUUGAGUUUGCUUGCACGACCGUGUGUCGUCCUCCCGGUCAGCGAAUCAUUAUUGUCGACCGGCAGAAGCUCCUGGAGGAGCCGACCCCCACAGGGGCGCUGGACCUCGCCAGGGGGGACACCCAAGCGGGUGCUGUGCCCGGAAUCGCCACUGAGUCGAUCUCUAUGGGCAUUAUUUGCGACCUGCUCCAGGGCACGUGGUUUAAGAUGGACUACGGGGCCGCGCUUACGAUUACUCAUCGAGGUAGCCAGUAUCGGUUGCCAGUGGUGGAUGCCUAUAAGCAUUUGGGCGGCAUAGCUACGGCCUCGGGAACUCCGGUGCCGGCGAUUUGGUUUCGACAUUCCCUGGGCAUGGGGAUGUCUCCACCUAUGGCCCUGCUACAUUGCUGCAUCUGUCAUCUGCUUACGGUGCACUGGCACGAGGCCCCCAAAGACGCCUGGCUUGGCCACAUAGCCGGUGAUGUGGUCCACGUGGCCCAGUAUUGCUCUGCUGCUCAGACUCUCAUCGACGCCGGUUCGCCCAUGGAUUUCCUCAUUGAGGCGACCCGUGACGACCCAAGCUGGUGGGUACGCCAGGUUAAGAAGGCAUGCAGUGAGGUGCAGAAGGAUUUUGAGCAGUGGCGCAAACACGGUGCACGCCCGGAAGCAGGGGGUGACGCUUCCCUGCCAGGUGUGACUGAGCCCGCCGCUCGCGACUUCCCUUGUGCAUGGUGCGGAGCGAGGCUCUCGGGCUCAUGUCCCGAUUGUUUUUUCCGGACGCCACCUUCCUGUCGUGGGUUGAAGCCUUUGUCUCUGCCAGGUCCACAGAGGGUCCCAGAAGGGGUACAGCAACCUUUUGGGACAAAAGGCCCGCUCACUCUCAGUCUCACCCUUGCCAGAAUUCGAAAACAUGAGACGCGCCGCUGGACGGCUCUGAAGUCUGCAGAAGAAGAAAAAGACCCUAAACACGAUAAGGCAUCGGAUACGGUCGACCCGCCCAAAACCCGACAGCUUGACAGCCAAACUCUCACUGUUGGGCUAAGGGUUUGA